AUGGCAUCGGAGACUCCAACUCUCAUUUCCCCCAGGCCAAUUGCUCCGGAAAAUGAGCCUCUACUAGGCCGUUCUGGAGAUGUCACUCAGACAUCAAGUGAAAAGAUUGCCCGCAAUCUCAUCACAGGCUCUGCGGGUGUUGCUCAAGUUGCCAUUUGGAUUCUGGCUGCCCUUGUUUGGUCAAGGGUCCUAAUGCAACCACCAAUCUUGUUUACGGCCCAUCCACUCCUCGCCAUCUCCGCACUUCUUCUACAAGUCCAGGCAGCCCUAAUUCUACAGCCAACUACAAGCCCCGAACAGAAGCUCCUCGGCACUCGAAUCCACUACAUAAUCCAACUGGUCAGCAUAAUCGGCUUUCUUUCCGCAUUCGUAGUCAUCGAAGUCAACAAGGGCAGCCAUGCACACUUCACUUCUCCGCACGGUAUUCUCGGCUUGAUCACCGUCAUCUUCAUUGUCCUACAGUCUCUUGUUGGAGUGGUCCAAUACUUUUUGCCCGUCACUAUCCUCGGCAGUGUCGACGCCGGCAAAACUAUCUAUAAAUAUCAUCGUUGGUCCGGAUAUGCCCUUCUGCUAUUGGAGUCUGUCGUUGUCGUGGCUGCCACCCAGACGUCAUUUAAUAAAGCUACUAUCCAUAUUCCUACUUGGCCAGUCGUUAUCGCUCUCAUCAUCGUUUUGGCUGGAGUGGGUGCACGGAUCAAGAAGCACAAGUUGGGGCUGUGA